AUGACCUAUCUAUUUAGGAUCUGUUUGGACCCUGAGGAUAACUCUGAGAAUUGUGUUGACUCCAGGAUGUUGCGACGAAAACCAACCCGCCUAGAGCUGAAGCUUGACGACAUUGAAGAGUUUGAAAGCAUUCGGAAGGACUUGGAGACUCGUAAGAAACAAAAGGAAGAUGUGGAUGUUGUAGGAGGCAGUGAUGGAGAAGGUGCCAUAGGGCUCAACAGUGACCCCAAGAACCGGGAACAGAUGAUUAAUGAUCGAAUUGGUUAUAAGCCCCAAGCCAAGCCCAACAAUCGCUCAUCUCAGUUUGGAAGUUUUGAAUUUUAG